AUGCGCGUGUCCAGCGUAACCCCGAGUCAUACGAACAAUAGCGUCAAUGUCGGCACCUGUACGAACAAGAAUGACGACAAUGACUGGACGAAAAACGAUGACGACGAUGCAGUCAACGCAGUAGCUGCUUUAACCCGAGCACUGGAUACACAACAAGUGGACGUGGCGGUACAUUAUCUGGAGCUAUUGCUGCUACGAAAAAGAACUCGCGAACAAGCAGCAAGUGAAGGUCAUGGACAUGGAAGAGCACCAUCAAGACUGCGACGACUUGAGACGCUGGAAAAAGCACUCAAGCAGAUGCGGUGCAAUAGUCACGUUUAUACUGACAGAGGACACGAGACAGGAGAGGGAGGAGGAGGGGGGUUAUUGCUGCGACGCGGCGGUGUACGCCAGACGUUUGCCACAGUUCCGUGUGAAUUGUCGUACCUCCAAUUGCAGCUCUUUGCCGUUCAGAAGCUACAACCCUGUAGCACAGCGUACAACGUCGUGCGAGCAUUGCGUUUCUCGGACGUACCGCUGGACUUGGACUCUUUGCGUCGCACGUGCAGCGCUCUUAUGACAAAGCAUGACGUACUGCGGACGUGCUUUGAUGUUGAUACAAAUGCAGGGGGUCAAGCAAGUCAAGUGGUGUACCCGAUAUCGUACUUCCAAGGGCAGUUUGACGUCUUGAAGAUCGUCCAGUGCGAUUUGCUUGCCGACGAUGGCAGCAGAGCAACUGACGACGACAUGGAACUUGCUGCUUUUGUCGCGGAGACGGUGGAUGAACCUUUUGAGUUGGCGCACCAGGCACCGAUUCGGGUGUUUGCUUUUACGUGUGCAGAUCGACAGUUGACUUCGCCGUGGAUUCUUGCGGUUGUGCUGCACCACAUCGUGACAGACGCAGCGUCUAGUCAGCUCUUCUGGCGCGACUUUCACUAUUUUUACGCACAGUUCUCGCACUGCAAGGACGGAGAGAUCACGACACCAUCGUUUGUACAGCAGACAGAGGAAAACGCUGUCAAUGCUACUUGCUUGACGUACCUAGAUUUUGCAGAAUGGCAGCGAGCACGACUGCGCUCCGGCGUAAUCGCUCCAUUGUUACAGUACUGGAUGCAGCAACUAACAGACGGUGGCGUACCAGCGCUACUCGAACUGCCAUUUGAUGCGAUACAGUCUGACGAACUCGACCGCAGAACGAUCGACAAAGUCGAUGCACUGGAUGCGACCACCGCAAAAGGAGACAUUGUGGUGUUCCAAUCGUCUCCUUCGCUGCAGAAAGCGUUCUCUGAGCUCUGUCACGCUCAAGGAGCAAGCAUGUUCAUGGGUCUUCUUGCAGUUUUCUACUUACUGAUUGAGCGCUUGUCAGGUCAACAAGAUUUUGUGAUCGGCGCACCUUUCUCAGGACGUGACUCUACGGAGCUCCAAGAUGUCAUGGGCUACUUUGUUAAUACUGUUCCACUGCGUUUAGGUCCAGGAUGCAGAGACAGCGAAGGUUUCAAGAGUUUCUUGGCAUCUGUGCGUAAGAUAGUACUCGAAGCUUACACCCAUUCUGAAGUCCCAUUUUACAAGAUCCUGGAACAUUUGCGUGCCUGUAGUCGUGGAGAUGAUGAACGGCGGUGGCAACACCCACUUUUUCAGACCAUGUUUUCGUGGGAACAAGUGGACACUUGCCCGGAUCCAGUCGGGUGCGUAGAGAUGGUGUUACCACAUCAGACAGCAAAGUUUGAUCUCAUGCUCUCCAUGCGGUACGGUCAUCUCGAAGAAGGUUCGCCGGAUCGCGUCUUGGAAGGAGUGAUGGAGUAUUCGACCGCCAAAUUUACCCGUGAUACCGUCCAACGCUUUACUAGUUACUAUUUGAGACUGCUGGAGCAGGUCACGAUCUCACCUAACAUUCCAGUGCGAUCGCCAUCUAUUUCCAUGCUCUCUGAUCUUGAACGUAAGCAACUCGUCUUGAAAUGGGGCAUGCCAGAGCCCUCAACAACCAAUGGAGUCAGCAAGAUGCCGGCAUUCGAAUUCCUGGACGAGUGUUUGUUUGACCAGGUACAAAAAACCCCACUGAAUACUGCUCUGCAUUUUGAGGGCACGCAGUGGACAUAUCAAGACUUGUGGGAUUAUAGCGGGUGCAUUGCAAAAGCGCUGUGCGCGCUUGACAUUCCUGGCAAUCUUACGACUGAUCUUCAUAUUGGGUUAUUGCUGGAUCGCGGGUUGGAGUAUGUAGCUGCAAUGGUCGGAAUACUGCGUCUGAAAGCGACGUUUGUACCGCUUGACUUGGAAUGUCCACGCAAACGCCUAUCCGUCAUCACCCGAGACAGUGGUCUCCAAGUAAUUAUCACACAGCGAAAACAUGAUGAGAUUGCAACGUAUGUAUCAGCCACGGCAAGGGACCCUGAGAACGAUAACGACUUCUUGCCAUGCAUUUUGCGCUACGAAGAUUUGGAUCUCGUCGUCUCCAAUCCAAAUGGCAUCUCUACAGUUCAUAAGCGUGCGAGCGAUGACAAACGACUACAGACACGCUCUGCACGAGAUGCUCAAGCAGCAACAGCGUACAUUCUGUACACGUCGGGGUCAACAGGUAGUCCGAAAGGCGUUAUGGUGCCUUACGCUGCUUUAAUGACUACUCUCUGGUGGACUGUGCGCACUUAUGCGGUAACAGCAUCCGACGUAUUCCUUCAGAGCACGUCUACCUGUUUGGACGGCUCGUUGUCCCAACUUUUUUCGCCUUUACUUGUCGGAGGAAGCGCUCGCAUUACACGUCCGAAAGGUUUACACGAGCUGCAUUACAUGCGGCAUGUACUGCUCGAUGCACCGCACGUCACGUUUUGUGUGUUCGUGCCUUCCUACUUCGCGCUGCUCCUUGAUUAUCUGAAUGGUCAAGGUGAUUCGUUCCCUACUUCAGUCAAACAUGUCGUGCUCGCAGGCGAGGCUUUUCCUAUUGAACUAGCACACCGGUUUUACAGGAUGCACGAAAAGAGCGCAACAUGUCUUGUCAACGAAUACGGACCGACCGAGGCGUCUAUUACAUCCACUGCUUUCCAGCUGCCUCGAUCACUGGCACUGCAAGGUUCAUCAAGUGUUCUCCACGGAUUACAGAGCAUUCCGAUUGGAAAACCAAUCGACGAUCAUCCGGUGAUUGUACUGGAUCUGCAGAAGCGACUUGCUCCGGUAAACGUCCCGGGUGAAUUGUACGUUGGUGGCGCGGGUCUUGCUCGAGGCUACCGACAUCGUCCAGAUCUGACUGAGAACGCUUUCAUUCUUCAUCAAGAUCUUGGAGAGGUUUUACCGCUAGAGAUGGAGUGUGGAAGACGAUGGUACAAGACAGGGGACUUGGUGAAGUGGUUACCAAGCGGUGAUCUCGUAUUCCUCGGACGAGCGGAUGCUCAAGUGAAGCAUCAUGGAAUGCGCAUUGAGCCACAGGAAGUACGCAACGUUCUGUUACGUCACGAAGGCGUAAAGGCUGUUGAGGUGCUUGUACUUUCUCAGGCUCGACCUUCAGGCUCGAAGCAGCAACAGACUUCUUCCGUUCUUGUCGCUUUUGUCAUGGCUGUUGAAAAUAUCAGUGACUCUAUCAACGAGAAACGCUUUUCCGACAAGCUGCGCUCGUACCUUCAUGAGCACCUACCGAUGCACAUGGUGCCCAAACUGAUUCAAGUUGUGCGCUGCUGGCCACGUACGCCAAGUGGGAAGGUCGAUCUUCGCAAGCUUGCAAAUUGGGCUAACGUGCACUCAAGUAGUACUGAAGCAACCAUGCAGGAUGCUGAUGGUGGCAGUGGGAGCACAAUUACUGUGCAAUUGGCCAUCGACAUAUUGCGUCAGGUUUGGAUGCAAGCUCUGGGAAUCAACAGCAUCUACGAUACCGAAGAGAUUGAUACGGAUCGGCAUGAAAAACGCUUGAUGUCGACGUCGUUCUUCGAGCUGGGUGGUGAUUCUCUAGCUGCGAUCCGAGCAAUUGCGCUUGCACGAGCACGAGGACUACCACUAGCCUUCGAGCAGUUCUUCCGCUCCUCCUCGCUUCCUGAAAUGGCAAGAAACGCGGCAACUUCAAUGACAAACUUACGAGAAUUGACGUCACAAACUCUAGUUCCACUCAACUGGCCGUCGACGAAAGCGCGUAGUUCGUUGCCAACGCUGUUUUUGUUCCACGAUGCUGUUGGCACGGUGUGGCAACUGCUCGAGUUAGCAAGACAACUGCCAUUUGCUGUCGUUGGCAUUCAGGCGUCAACCCCAUUUUCUGACGAUGGCACCAAUUCGAUUCUCGAAACGCAACCAUCUAGCGUGGAAGAGCUGGCUGAACUGUACUGGAACCAGAUUCGUGAACGGCAAAGCGAGGGUCCCUAUGCGCUCGGUGGCUUCUCGUUUGGCUGUCGAUUAGCGUAUGAGGUUGCACGCUUAGUAAUAAGGCACGGUCACAAGAUUCUGCCCCUCAUCCUGUUGGACGGGCUUCCUUUCGUGAUGCCAUCCAUCCAGCUGGAAGCAAACAAGGUGCAAGACUUGACGACUCGGCUCCGGAUUGACGAGUAUGCUAAUGAAGCAUUCAGUGACCCGUUCUUACGGCCGUUGCGGGUAAACUUUCGCAAAUUCUGCUCGCUGGAUCAGAACUAUCAACCGUACACGGUCGCUGAAGUGGAGCUGGCUUCCUCGAAACCAGCACCACCGAUUUGGCUUCAUGCUGACCUGUACAUGACGCAGCACUCGACAGCGGACGUUGCUCAGUAUCGACAGCUUGGUGUUUCCAUCACUAUUGUGAGCGCGAUACCAGAUUGCACUCACUUGACGAUGCUGCGCCAUCCCAGUGUUAAAGUGGUAGCUCGACAGAUUCAACAGCGUGCUAGCGCAGCAGCUCAUGUCGAUUGUUGA